AUGGGAAAAUAUCUUGUCGGAACCUCCCCUAACCUUGACGACCAAGUCUGUGUCGAGGGAUGGGGGAUGGGGGAUUUCAUUGGGCUUUGUGAAUUUUCCUGCAGCUUGGGAUACUGUCCCGUUGGCGCGUGCGUGUGCACCAAACUGGGACCUCAGCCAACACUACCCGAAUCUACAGGCGUCGUCGGCUAUCCAGCUGCAGGCAAAGACGCCAAUUAUCCCGGUCUUUGUUCGUUCGACUGUACCUAUGGCUAUUGCCCAUCAACUGCGUGCGGAACUGUGUCAGUUCCAUUGACGAUUCCGACAGUCUCCCCAUUCACCCAUGACACAUGUGUCGCUGGCAUUGGAGAGGGUGAAUUGACUGGUCUGUGCAGCUUUAGCUGUAACUAUGGCUAUUGCCCCAUUUACAAUUGUACUUGUACCGCAACGGGUCCCUUGAAUAAUCCUCCUGCUCAAAACACCUCUAUCAUCGGCUGGGCACCAUAUAUCGAGGAUAACGGUCUUUGUAGCUUUGCUUGUACCAGAGACUAUUGUCCUUCGCCGGUAUGCUUAGACAUGAUCCCUGAGGAUGAUCCCUGUGGAUAUGUGGAUGACGACAGUGAGGAGUGCUCCGGCACCUUCCCUUGCGAUUUCAGCAUUAACUACUCCUCUCUUGAUGCGCUGGAAGCCGAUAGUGACAACUUUGAUCCCUACUGUGUCGACUAUUAUAUGCUGGGUGCACUAUAUGGGGAGCUGAAGGCUACCUUGGCCAACUAUACAAACAUUGCCAAUACAGCCGACUACGACAAGGACUUUGAGGAGUACACAAAAUACAUGAUAGAGCAGGUUGAACCCCAGCUCUAUUAUUUCAUGAACAUCAGCUAUGUUGAUAAUAAACCCAGCGGCUUGGGGAAUCAAUAUUUCGAAUGUACAUAUAACGCGAAUGGCAGAAAUAACUCAAAAGAAAGCUGUCCAAAUGAGUAUGCUGAGUCGUCAGUCCAAAACCAUAUCAUCUACUACGAUAUUGUGGACCGAGAAUGCUUCUUUGGCAAUCUCACUGAUUCUUAG